AUGCGUGACCCAUUCUUCCAUAACCCAUCUCAUCCUUUCAAAAACCUCACCUCAUGUUAUCCGCACAUUCAAUAUCAACUUGACUAUAAUGCAAAAGCCCCAUCACCUACAAAGCCACAUCCAAGUUUCUGUCCAAAAGCAAUGAGCAUAAAUCUUAUCAUUCGUCCGGCAGCCCUCCCAGACGCAGCAGCCAUAGCUAAGCUCCAUAUCACCGCCCGACAAGAGACCUACCGCGGCAUGAUCCCAGACUCUAAACUCGACGCCGAGCUUGAUGUUAGCGCACGCGAGACAUCAUGGAUCUCUAUUCUUACAGCCCCUAAGUCGCUUGUAUUUGUAGCUCUCUUAGAUGGAGAAGUCUGUGGGUUUGUUAGCGGUGGGAUAACGGACGACGUUGUUUAUUUCCCUGAUAAUGAGGAUAGAAAAUUUGAUGGGGAGAUCUGGGCUAUUUAUCUCUUAGGACGCGUGCAAGGGAAGGGAAUUGGAAAAGCGUUGGUGAAAGCGAUGGCGGAGAGGCUUAGUAGGGAGGGGUGUGAGAGUGUAAUUGUUUGGGGGUUGGAGAGAAAUCAGGGGGCGAAGGGGUUUUAUGAGCGCUUAGGGGGUAAGGAAGUAGCGAAGAAGAUGAUGGUUAUAGCGGACACUAAUCUAGAAGAGGUGGCGUACGGGUGGGAAGAUAUAAGGUCUUUAGUGACUGUUCCGGUGAUUGUUCCCCAUGCCCAAGACUCGGCGCUCCUGUCCGAAAGACAGACACGAAGGAGAUUCGAGAAAGUGAUCGUCGAAAGAGGCUUCGAAGGCAACAUAACCGUGACUCCAGAUCCUGGCGAAGCUACGAAACUCGCACAUCUUGAACACCUAAGCACCUCGCACUGGGGGGAAAAGGAUAGCCGUAUGGUAUUCUGGGCCAGCAGCUAUACGAUUACAGCCAGGCUUGAUACCACCUCAGGUAUCGGAAUAGUGAGCCGAAAUAGUCCAGAUCCUGACCAGUGGGUAUGGGGCGCAUACCGUGUAAUAGGUCAGGUCGAUGCUCAGAUGGCGGACAUUUUAGCAGUGGGAAUGGCGCUUAGGAUUGCUAAGGACGAGAAUCCAACUUUGUCGCGUUUUCGGGUGGUUGAAGCUGGCAUAGUGGCAGCAUACUUCAUCAGAGCGCUUGGGAUCGACGUAGAACUCCGUUGGAUUCCUGAUGGGUGCGAAAUUGACGAUGCCCUUGAGUCGAAUCGUGCUGCCAAUGAAGGCGCUAAACACGAGCCUCCUCUCAAGGGGCCUGAUGCUUUCAUCAAGGACGCUCAAGCAGAAUAUAAACAUAGGGAGAAGAUGAAAUUCCGGAAGAAAGAAGCAAAACAGAGGAAGCAAAGAGUGUGUAAAAAGAGAUAG